GAAGAAUACGCGUUAUUGCACCUACAAACGAAAAUCGUCCUACUACAGUAUUACAUUAGAAAUGAUGCGUGGUGUGAAACUUUCAAAAGGCUCGUCUUUAUCGGAUUUUCGCAAUUCUCGUAUUACCGAGUAGAAAUCCUACUAUUUGCAGCUUUAACCGCGAAGAGCUAAAUUCUUCCAAGACCCCCAGAUCAUCUAAAUUCAAGUUUUCCAGUAUACUGCUGGGUUCUUGCGUUGAAACUCCAUGGUUUGAGGUGAUGGAUGAUCAGGCUGACAAUCCCGGAAAUGUCGAGGUUGAUGCAGAAUCCGUGAAUUUUCGGAAAAAUAACCCGGAUUACACAAUGGAGGAUACGGAACCAGAAAACCUCAAUUCUGAGCGAGAAGCGACAUCUGAACAAAAUAGAUCUAAUGCCGACUUCUCAGCACCCGCAAUGCCCGGAAGACUGCGCAACUCGAUCACCAGGAUGUCGCUCGUUGAUUUGGAUGACGAGGAGCCUCCCUUGCUUGUUGGUAGUAAUGUCACAAUCGGCAAUAAUGAAUGGGAUUAUUUGGUUCGCGGUGACGUGAAUCCGACAAUAGAGGGACUCAACUUUGAGAUCAACAAUCGUGCUCGGAUGAGAGACACAAUUGCUGGGUCUUCUGGCGAUGGGUUGCAGGCUAACUGGCAGGCUAGGGUUUUCCAACAAUACGUUGCUGACCGGCAACGACUACGGCCCCGUCGCCGAACCACAACCCAGUGGCGCAUCGACAUGUUGCAGUGCGUGAUGCGUGGAGCAGUCCUGGCACUCGCACUGUCAUUCUGGGCCUGGCGAGGACCCGAUUUUUGGUCAUGCAUGAAAUCCGCGUCACGGCAUGGAGGGGUUUCGGCGACGAAUUUGUGCGUGCAACGCGCAUUCCACGUGCCAGGAUACAAGAUGCCUUGGGUCUACGCGCCGAUGAUGUUUGGCCUGACGAUGACUGGUUCCGUUUUGUGGAUGAACGAACUCUGGGAAAUCUGUCGCUUAUUGUUUUACCGUGGGUUUCGCGCCUAUUUGCCAGGAAUCCUUGUGUCCGGUCAGCUGCUGGUCGGUCAAUUCAUGGUUGCGCACCCGCCGGUCAUCAAGCGCCGGUUGGUCCAACCGCCAGCCAGGGCAGUUUUUGGCCUUGCCAAUCCCCAGCCCACCAAACUGCGGUUUGGUUGCCUGAUUGUUGGGGCACCCAAGCAAUCGGGUUCAUGCCUGAGCAUGAUAGACCAAAAAAGCAAGCUGCCGACGGAUCAUCUCAUGGGCUGCACGCUUCAGUUAGUCGAGUCCGAGGUGAGCGAGCGGUUGGAAGCGGGUGGAAGCGUUCGCCAGUGGAUGUGA